AUGGCCCAAAGGAUAACAAUGCCCCCAGCUGAAGUAUAUUCACGCUACGCAAUGUCACCGGAGCACCCACGUACUUCGGGAGACGUCUUGAUUGAUGUCGUCGAAGGCUCAGACUCGGAUCACGACCAUCACCCAGAGAAGAGAAUUUUCUCAACAGGACGAAAGAGACAAUUUGCGCCUAUAGUUGCCAGUUUCCACUGUUGGACACUUACAAAGGCUGCCCCUAGGACGAGAGACGAUGCUCUGAGCUGGAAGCGAGCAGAGCGGGUCCAAAUGACACUGUCGUCCGACGAACUUGGAUCACAAGUCAAGAAACAGCUGAAGAUCAGGUCGCUCACCGAGAUGUACGAAGCACUGUCGAUGGAUCAGCGUCAACAAGUUGAGGUCCUUCUCAAGGAGAAAAGACGAGACGAAACCAACAAAUAUGCCUGUUGGGAGAUAGCAGCCAUCCAUCGCGAGGUCCGUAAUAACAUGAGGACUAGGAUCAGAGAAACCACUUUCAUUAGAGUGAUCUUGAGCAGAGAGGACAAGCGAAAGGUCGAAUCAGCAGCGACAGAACACAAAGCGACAAAAGCCAGUUCAGCAAGCAAUAUCUCCGAUCUCAAUAAUUUGCCCGAACUGCUACUGAGGCCAGUGGAGAAAAAUGAUGAUCAGGAUGCUUAUGCUCGGAGAAAAGAGUUCAAUAAACGACCAAAGGUCAAAAAGGACUCCAGAGAGGAUGUGAUCGAAGUAGUGGCGGUUCCCAGCAUCGAGAGCCCCCUUGCCAUCAAUGUCCCACCGACGCCAAACACUGUCCCAUCUGAUCAACUACAACACUAUCCGGCGUGGAGCAACCGAGACACUUUAUGGCAGCCAUCAAUUGAUCAUGGGCAUGAAUACACUGCUCAGCACUUGAAUCAAUGUUCACCACAACAGGCUAUUAAUGCCCAACAGACUCAGCAGCCGUAUCACAUACAAAAUGCCCUACCGCACAUGGUCAAUAUGAAUCAGGAUACUCGCACGGAAAUGAGAGGCGAGCGCUACGAGCAGACAUGGUCGCAUCAUCAUAAUCAUCAUCAUCCAAGCCCGUGGCUGGCCCAGCAACCUCCGGCGCUACCACGAGCCUUUGGCUACGAUUCGCACGAUAUGCCUACUCAACAGCACUCUGAGGGAGUUGCAACACAUGAAUCCCCAUCAAUCUACAAAUCGCGUCCGACUAGUAGCGAGCAGGAUUACUUUGGGCAGCAAUUCGAGAGACCAUAUGCAGUGGUAGCAGAGCCUUUCUUCGCUCAGCAGCCUCAAAACCCAAACGGUAAUGUAGUUCCGCUGGUCACUCAUCCUUAUUCCGAGGGUCAGCAAGCUCGGAGAGCAUCUCCCAGCGCAAAAAUUCAGGUGUCAAGUGAUUCGGACUGGCCUGAUUACGAUCCCACAACGGAUCAAUCACCUCUGCCAACCCUACAGCCGCAUCAACACACAACAUACGACAAGCAGAGUGCUGGGCGGUCACGGCGAGAAGAUGUAUUGUUUUGGAGGACUCAAACCCAACUGAGCGAUUCACACUCUGCCUCGAGCUUAGAUGACCAGUCUUCGACUCUGGCAUCGCCCGAGCAGAGCUCACCACUCACUUCAGUGUCCGGAGACGGGACCGGUGUAAACCAUAAGUGGACCAAUGAGCCCGCAUCCCGAUACGAUGAGAAUACUCGACCCGUGCCAGAACGCUUCGGAAAACAGCUUGCGGCACAUGACUUCCUUCGGCCACACCAAGACAGGCAACGAGAACAGACUCCCGUGCCACCUCGUCGAACACGGAAUGACUAUAGACCCUCGACUGACCGCAACGUCAGUUUCGAAGACGUGCCAUUCCAGAUUCCAGAUGUACAGAAUGCUCCACCUCACACCAGCACGUACUACCCAGAAGCCUACGCAAGACCAUCAGCUCCAGACCCCCCGAAAGCCAAAGCAAACUUUCAGACUUAUCAUCCACAACGAUACCAACCAUCACGACAAUACACAGAGCCAGAAAAUGCAUCAAUGCUUGAGAGCUUGAGUGAGAGGUUGGAUAACAUGGAACUCAGACAGGCGGAAAGCGCGACCAGGAGAGCUGUCGAGGCAGCGCAGAAGAGAAGAGAGGCGGAAAAGAAGGAGGCGUAUGAACGAGGGAUCGAGGAUGCGAUGGCGUGGAAGGCACGAUCUGGUAGGUUUGGCGGGUUCGAUUGA